AUGAGUUGGCCAAGCUAUUGCCCAGGACGCCCAUUGCAGCGGUUGGCUGCCAAAUUACGGCUCACUAAACAUGCAAUCCAACAUUGGUCGCGGGAGCACUUUGGCAAUAUAUUCGAUGCAGUGAAGCAGGCAGAGGAGGCAGUAAUAGCGGCAGAGGCUGCACUUGAUAGUAACCCAUCACAACAACAAUGGUUAGCACUCCAGGAGGCAAUGGCGGUUAUGAGAAACUCUAUGGUCAAGGAGGAAGCAUAUUGGAGGCAAAAAAUAAGAAUCAAGUGGCUUCAGGACGGAGAUAAAAACUCAAGGUUCUUUCAUGCGGUAGUGGCAGAGAGACGUGCUAAAUCAGUUAUACACCGGAUUCGGAGUAGCACGGGGGAGUGGCUGAUUGAUGAAGCUCACAUUUCGACGGAGGCAGUAGAGUAUUUCACAUCUUUAUUCUCGGCCGAACCUUGUACGGGGUCAUGGAGCACUUUGGAGGUCAUUCCCAAUAUUAUUUCAAGGGAACAAAAUGCUGAGUUGCAGCGCCUUCCCUCGAUGAAGGAGAUAAAAGAGGUGGUACUCGCAAUGGAUGGGGAGAGUGCGGCGGGCCCUGAUGAAUUCACAGGUAGGUUUUUAACCUUUGCAUGGAACAUAGUGGGGCAUGAUGUGUUUGAAGCCAUCGUUAGCUUCUUCUGUGAUCACGAGCUGCUGAGGAGCGUUAUGUCGACUUUGAUAGUACUGCUUCCAAAGGUGUCCUCACCCCAAGACUUUAGUCAGUUUCGAUCCAUAAGCCUUUGCAACUUUGUCAAUAAGGUUAUAUCAAAACUGGCGGCUCGAUUGUCAAAGAGUUUCGCAGGGCUGCCCGCCUGUUACUCAUCUAGCCUCGCUGAUGAUGUUAUUGUCUUCUCUAGUGGUUUGCGGCAAUCUGUGCGGUUGGUGCUGAAGGCGCUGGACCCUUAUGUUUCAGUGUCAGGUCAAAAAGUGAACCAGCAAAAGAGCUGUGUCUUGGCUCAUGCCAAUUUUCCCGGGAGCAGGAAACGGUCUAUUGCGGAGAUGAUUGGGUUUCAGUCGAAGGAGUUUCUGGUCAGAUAUCUGGGUUAUCCUUUAUAUGCAGGGCGGAGGAGGAGAUGCUACUUUGCAGGGGUUUGUGACUCGGUCACGAGUAAAGUGUUGUUAUGGAAAGAGAGGUUUUUCUUACAUGGUGGUAAAUUAGCUCUAAUCAAGAGUGUGCUGUCCUCUAUGCCGCUUCACACAUUCGCUGCUUCAAUCCCUCUCAAGUCGAUAUUUAGUGGGAUGGAGAGCAUUUUUGCUGAUUUUUUAUGCAGCUCCUUAAAGGCUAGGCCGUGCUUCCAGUUGUGCAACUCGUAUGACAGGCGGGUUGAGUUCAUGCACUGUAAAUAUUGCUCCAACCUUCAUCCUUCCUUUGCUGAUACUUCUCCUGGGGACUCUUGGACUUGGAAGAGACUGGGUUGUUGGAAUGUACAACGGUUAAGCAGGGUAGCGCCUAGCGGAUGGGUGGGGAGGAUAGUGGGAGUCAUGCCUUCCUCGCUGGACCAGACGGAUACCAUGGUUUGGGCUCCUAGUACCUCCGGUGUCUUCUCAUUAGCAUCAGCCAACCGGAUCGCUCGAGAGGAUAGAAACAGCUCUUGGCUCUACUCACCGCUCUGGCUUCAAGGGCAGCCGACAAAGAUUUCUUUUUUCAUGUUGAGAUUGGUAGGGUCCCAUUUGCCAGUGAUGGACAGGUUGCAUAAACUUGGUAUAUUCGGCCCCUCUUGUUGUGGUUGUUGUCUACACCCAUGUCAAGAAUCUUCUGAUCAUAUUUUCUGUACCGAAGAGGCGGCAAAGAGGAUUUGGGGUUAUUUCGAAGGGGUGAUCGGAGGGUUUCAGGAGUCCUUUACGAUACGCCACAAGUUGGUUAGCUGGUGGUUGAAGCCUACUCGGAACCCAUACCUCCAGUACCUUUUCCGUUUAUUGCCGUCUUUGAUCUGUUGGAAUUUAUGGAAGAUGCGGAAUUCGUUUGUCUUUGAUGCCCAUCUGCGACCCAUGGCUCGUGUGUGUGAGGCAAUUUUUGGGGACCUCAGGGAUAUUUUCCUCCUUAAAUUUAAAAGCAUCACUAUCUCUGCUCAGGAUUGGCCGGGUUUUUACGGUAUGGUGGUUGGCCUGCAUAGGGUUUCCAGGACCUUGGUGGUUCAGUGGAGCUGCCCAGUUCAUAAUGUCGUCAAACUGAACUCGGAUGGCUGCUCUCCGGAAAACCUGGGGGUGAGUGGAGGUAGGGGUGCUUUAGUGCUCGGAAGGAAGAUCAUUCAAGGGAAGACUCGGUGUCCGUGGCGGUUGCGAGGGAACUUACAGGACCUGUUAAAAGUUAAAAGAUUCGUUAGAGAGGUAUCACACUGCUUUCGGGAAGCGAAUAAACCGGCUGACCGCCUUGCAAACAUCGGAGCGGACUCAGGGAAGACUCUAACGUAUGGCUCAUUGCGUGAUUUGCCUCGCUUGGUGAGGGGUGACUUCGCUUUUGAUCAGAUGGGUGUUCCAAGUUUGCGUAGAGUUAGAGUGUAG